AUGCCCAAGACCAUUCGACCAGUAGAGGACCUCGGUUACGAGUACCGACCGACUAACUCUGAAAAUCCCAGAGGCCACAUAAGCAUACCUGGUCUCUCCUUCAGCACCUUGAUUGCCAUUCUAGGCGCUGACAUUGACAGUGGCACAGUGACAGUUCAUGAAGCACUGAACCAUCGAGACCAGGGGAGAGCCUUGAAGCUACGAGACAUGAUCAUGAGCUUUUGGAGGUACAAGGCUGGACAGAGCAUUAACAAUCUAAAAGUCAUCAAGUAUGAUACAGUAAUGGAGUAUGCAACAUUGCCUAUACUGGAGCGGAUCUUCGAUAACUAUUCUGUGGAUGGACUCCCUGUCUCUAUAACAGCAACUGAAUCAAGUUCUUCCCGACGCCGAGCAUUCAAUGACCUUCUCAGAAAGACUCCUUUCGGCCAAGGUGCUAAGAAGAUGUUGAGAGAGUAUGCUGAACUUAGGGGAAGGCGGGUCAUCUCAUUCCUAAUCGAAGAGACCCCUCCUGUACUUUCACAUGCGCAGAAUAGCCCACCAGGACUUUAUAACCUCUACAUAUUUAUUGAGUCCAGUCUAUACAUUGUUUACGAGAACCUUGUCCUUCUCAUUUACUUUGAUUGUGAAUACAUUCCAGCUCUUAGGUCUGGCGCCCUUCCACUGAGGCAGCGCAGGAACGGCUGGCAACUGUCUAUGCCUGCCCUGUUAGGGUCCUUUGCGAAUCGUGGAAGUCGCGAUUUUCUUGAAGGAGUUUCCAUGAAAGGAAAAAGAACAGACAGCCAUUGCCAAAAUUUACAUCGUCUCUCUGCCUUCCUUUCACUCGUUUCAUUGACGAAGCACCGAGGUAACCAGAAAAAAAACUUGCAAGGGCCACAGCAGACGCGGUACAAGAUACGCCCGAGCCUGUUACAGCCACGUCUUGAUGUCGCACUGUUAGUCAACAUUGUUGAAGCUGUCACUGCGGCGACUUCAGCAUUGACGAAAAACACGCCUACCCCUCCAAAAAGCCUCUGCGAACUACCCAUCGUUGUCGACUUUUUUCCGUUUCCCAUCGCCAAGAUGGCCAGCGACCCAAACAGCCAGCAGCAAGCCAAUGGCGACCACGAGCAGCAGCAGCAGGGCCCUCGAGAGGCCCGAUGGUCGCAGUAUGUCGAGAAUCAGAUCAACCCCAUGCCCGAGGUCGCAGUCGACCAUGACUGCGCACCAGAGCCUGUGAACCUCGAGCAGGUCGACUGCACGGACGACACAUCCUCCCGGUCUGUUCGUCCGGUUAUACAACCCGAUAUGGGCGAUCGACGCAGCGCGACCGUUGUGUACGCUGAGCCUGAUCGAUCCUGGAUCGCAAGACAUAAGAGCUGGGUGAUAGCAAGUCUGGUCCUGGUUGUCAUCGUCCUCACGGGAGUCACCGUCGGCGUGGUAAUGAUGAACCGCCAGAAAGGCUCAGGUGGAGGCAGCCCGAAUAAAAGCUCCACGUCCACCCCAGCCCCGUCCACACGGGUCACCUCGACCUUGGGCAGCACGACGACGUCGGCCGAUAGUUCUCCGACAGCGACACCUAGUGGCUGCGUAGCCUCUAAUUUCGUCACAAAGGUGAGCUGGAUGGGGAUCGCCGGCGUUAUGGGCAACUGGGAUGUCCAGUAUCCCGGGGCAACUGAUGCGGCGAGCUGCUGUCUGGCUUGUUACGAGAACACACGGAAAGGCUGCGAUGGCUGGUCGUUUAUACCUGGAGCCUCGGGGUCGACUGUGGCAGCCUGUGCUGUGAUCGACGGCUGGGCUGGCACGAGGAAUGAUACGGCCUGUCCUUUGGGGUACACGGGCGUGCAGUUCAGCCAACAGGGCGAUAACGCAAGCCACGUUGGCGGACCGGGUCCUUGUGCGACUAUUGCCAACCCUGGCCCUGGUCCGCCCCUGCCAUCAUCUCUUAUGCAAAGGAAUAUCAAGGAGAAGGUUGUUGCUAGCAACAAGCUGUCAUCAGUGAGCCGUGACCAGCUGAUCAGCGAGUCUGUCUGUCGGAGAGAUAAUUAUGAGUAUAAGCAGAGAGGAACAUGGCAUGAUCUUUGGAGGGAUCGCCAACCAAAUUUCCAAUGUCCAUGGCUGGCGGACCCCAUCGUCCCUAUCAACCAAAAACCUGGCCUUGACCUGCAUUAA